AUGGGCGUGCUCCUCAAGAGUUCAAAAUCAUGUCUCCAGCGCAGUAAUGAUCAAGCACGUCAAAGGAUGAAACCACAACGUGUCGGCAGCUACAGAAAGAAAGAAGAUUCGCAAAAAGUGUGGCCACUGGCCACAAGCACCAAGCUUUCAGCCAACCCCACCGUGACAUUGAUGAGCUACUCAAUGGUACCCACGACCUCUCAGCUUGACGACGACGACGCGCUAUCUGUUGCCGACAGGUCGAGCGAGAUCUCAUUCGAAUCAUGGCUUUUACAAGACAACAAAAGCGACGACGGUGAAGGUGACGGAGACGACUGGAGCUCGCAGAGUUCUGAGGAAUAUGAGAUUCUUCCUGAUUCAGAUGAAGAAGACAAAGGCAACAAUGGCAAGUGUGGUGGAACAGAUGAUGAACUGCUACCGAUUCUUGCUUACAUAUUGACUGGCAAAUCCUGGCUCAACACAGACGUACUCGGCACGUCUAUCCUGAAAGCCUUUUGA